AUGUCCGAUUCUGCCGUCACCUCAUUCAUCAACGCCUGCCAGGGCCCUCUCGGAGGCCCUGAAAUCCUUCAAGGAAAGACCGAUAGCGACUGCAAGGAGGUAAAACAAAGAAAGCACACAAAGCCCGCAACGAACGCCGUUCUGGAGGUCUGGAAGCGCGUAGGACGUGGAAGACGCAGUCAAGAGACCAUUCCGGGAACAAGGGUCAAGGAGUGGAUCGAGCGCUUCGAGAAAGACAUCACCCCCCUCGCCAAGGCCUUGAACGACCACCUCGAGACCCGCACGUACAUUGUCGGCCACACCAUCACAAACGCUGACCUCUGGACAUUCGUCAAGCUCCACGAGCAGGUCGGCACCACCACCAGGGAUGGGCAGUUGAAGCGCGCUAACUUGACCCGUUGGUUUGAUCUCAUCCAGGAGCAGGCUGGUGCUUUGGGACAUUUGGCCCCUGUCGCCAUUGAUUUGGAGUUGCCAGAGUUUAAACCCGCUUCCAAGGAGAAGGCUGUCGCCCCCGCAGUUGGACAGGAUGAGAAGAAGACCAAGAAGGCGAACAAGAAGGAUGCUAAGGCUGAGGAGAAGAAGGCCAAGAAGGAGGCUGCUGCUGCCCCCGCCGUUGAGGCCGCUGCCACCCCCGCCCCCGUCGCUGCUGCUGCUGAGGGAGAUGCCAAGCCCGCAUUCAACACUCAAAAGAAGGAGAAGAAGGUCAAGGCUCCCAAGGCCCCCGUCGCCCCCGUGGGCCCCGCAACCCCCCAGCCCUGGCAGAUCGACCUCCGCGUCGGCAAGAUCCUCAAGGUUGAGAAGCACCCCGACGCCGACUCUCUCUACGUUGAGACCGUCGAUAUCGGCGAGGCUGAGCCCCGGACGGUUGUUUCUGGAUUGGUUAAGCAUAUCCCUAUUGAGCAGAUGGAGAACCGUUGGUUGGUCUGUGUUUGCAACUUGAAGCCCGCUGCCAUGCGUGGUGUCAAGUCGUUUGCGAUGGUUCUUGCUGCUACGGAUGAUACUGGAAAGCUCGAGUUGGUUGACCCACCAAAGGGCUCUAAGCCUGGUGACAAGUGCUACUUUGGCGACUGGAAGGAAGAGAAGCCAGAGGAGGUUAUGAACCCCAAGAAGAAGAUCUGGGAGACCAUCCAGCCCGGCCUUCACACCACCGCCGAGUGCCGCGCCGCCUGGAAGUCCGACGACGGCGUCGUCCACGUCCUCAAGUCCGAGCACGGCGACUGCACCGUUCCAUCUGUCGUCGGUGCCAAGAUCAAGUAA